AUGAAAGUUGGAGGCCUUCUCAAACAACAACCGAUCACUGUUCUCAUUGAUACGGGCAGCACAAAUAACUUCCUAAACAGUAAGGUUGCUGUCCAUAUAAACUUACCUAUUGAGAAUUGCAGCAGCCACAUAAUAAAGAGUGGAGAGCCUGCAUUCAGUGUAUUGGUGUCGAGGUUGCUGUUGGGUGAAACUUUCCCUCUGCCGGUGUAUUUGUCACUGGUCCCCAUCAUUAGCGGUUGUGCCCUGGCGACGGUGACCGAGCUCAACUUCAACAUGACCGGUUUUGUGGGCGCAAUGAUAUCGAAUCUUGCAUUUGUGUUUCAGAACAUAUUUUCUAAGAAGGGGAUGAAAGGGAAGUCAGUUGGUGGGAUGAACUAUUAUGCUUGCCUGUCGAUUCUAUCCCUAUUGAUACUCACACCUUUUGCUAUUGCAAUUGAGGGCCCGCAGAUGUGGACUGCUGGCUGGUAGAAGGCACUUUCAUAGAUUGGUCCACAUUUCAUCAGGUGGGUGGCUGCCCAGAGUGUCUUCUACCAUUUGUACAACCAGGUUUCAUACAUGUCCUUGGAUGAAAUCUCUCCUUUGACGUUUAGUAUUGGGAACACCAUGAAGCGUAUUUCUGUCAUUGUCUCAUCCAUCAUAAUCUUCCACACGCUUGUUCAACCUGUCAAUGUGCUUGGAGCUGCCAUUGCUAUCCUUGGAACUUUCCUCUAUUCCCAGGCAAAACAGUGA